AUGCUCGCUCCCUCUCCUUCCGCCGCGCAUCUUAACUUGCCCUCUACCCUCACCCAUAUCAUGUCAAAUUCAAUUGUCGGAGAGGUUUACCAGCAUGUGAUACUGGACGUUAUCGCCAAUUCGCGAAACGAUUUCGAGGAGAAUGGAGUCGAAGAAGCUACGUUGCAAGAAUUGCAGUCGUUGUGGCAAAGCAAGCUUGUAGCUACAAAUGUCGCGAGUUUUCCAUGGGCUCAGGCUCCUGUAGCGCCGUUUUCGCUGGGUCAACUGUUCGACCCUGUGAAUGGUAUAAAACCAGAGGCUCUGGAAGCAGCUGCUGUGGCAGCUGCUGCUUCAGGAGCGUCUCCUGUUCUUGGAAACAUUGCAGCUAUCCGUGCUGCUCAGCAGAUGGAUGCUUUUGUCCAACAGCAGCAGCAGCAACAGCAACAAGCUAGUCGAACAAGUGCUCCUUCGUACUAUACGUCAACUCCGUCGUCGUUGUCUGUUCACCGUACGCCUUCUGCUGCUCCUCAAAACAACGCCGCCGCCGCUGCUGCUGCUGCUGCUGCCGCACAGAGUAAUGUGAAUAUGGCAAAUGGAAUGGUCACGUAUCCUUCUUACAGUGCUUCGGCGCUACAAUUACCCGGCCAGAAUUCGUUGGCGUCCACUGGUGCGUUUUCGAACUCGUCGUCCCUUCCUGCUCAAGCAGAUUCUAAUAAUGUCUUUAAUGGUCUCCUUCUUCCCGGGCAAGAUUCACCCAAACCACCUUCUCAACAGACGUUUCCUAAUCUCCCGCCGCCGUCUCCAGACACGAAGCCAGUCCCACCCGCGUACACCACGCCUGCAAGUGGUGCUCGCGAUGAAUCUGCCUCGAAACAACAGCAACCUGCUGCUGUGGGUUCCGAUGGAAAAAGCUCCUCAGCCGACGAGCCUUCGAGCACCCACAUUCCUCAAACAGACGGGCCCUCUGUUGAAGCGGAGGAGGAGGAGGAGGCAGUUGUUGAACCAACAGCUGCACAGAAAGCAGACGCUGAAAUUUACUCGAUUUUGGCUAAAAACCGUGUCCUUCAAAUUGAUGGCACCGCCGACGACGAGGAUGAUGCCGAUGGAAAGGGUGGUGCGGCUUCCGAUACGCCGUCUGAUGAAGCUAUCAACUCUGAUUUAGACGAUCCCGAUUCCGACGAUGCUCCGGAAACUGAAGAAGGCUCUGACAUUGGUCAGGCCAUCGUUUUGUGCUUGUACGAUAAGGUCAACCGCAACAAAAACAAGUGGAAGUGUGUGCUUAAGGAUGGAAUUGUCGGUGUCAAUGGCAAGGACUACUUAUUUUUCAAGGCGAACGGUGAAUUCGAAUGGAUUUGAAGCAAAUGGUGAUUUGAAUGGAUUUAAUGACCUGAUUAUUCUGUAUGUGAAGCUGCAUUGUGCGACUUUUCUCUAAACAUUAUGGAUCUCAAAAAAUAAGAGGAGCAGAAGAUUUUGUUUUUGUUUAUGCGCGAGCUUUGGUUUCCCGUGCACGAAAAGUUCUAUCGAAUCCGGCUACCAUCCCUCUCUGUUUGUCCACCGCCUUCUCUCCCACAUUCUCUUUCCGCUUAUAGCGCGCUUCCUGUUUGUUCUCUUCCCCCUCUUCCCCUACGGUAUAGCCGUCCUGAACCCUUUCUUGAAAAUGUAUUAGCGCUUUUCGUUUACGAAGAACAAUUGUUUGUAUAGAUCAUUUGUUUGGUUAUGAGAUGUGCAUGUGCGUGUGUUCAUUAAACAAUUUCAUUCUGCCGUAAUCUAUUAGUAUAAUUAAGUGAGGGAGCUGGAUUCGUGUUCUGCGUGGCACAUAGCCAAGACACAGUGGUGAUACAUGAGAGUACAAGACCAAAAAGUUAGCAGGAUACGGCGGGUCGUAGACAUGAAACAAAAAGGAAACAGAUUAAAACAGCGAGCGGGGGAAGGCUUUUCAAAACGGGCGGAAAAGUAAAGAAUGUGGGUGGGUGUGUACAGAUGCAAAAAGAGCGUAUGAAGACGGGUGUUCGGGUCACACUGCUUAACCUUGAGGCGCUGUUGUAGAGACGGUCGUGGAACGUUCUUGGGCUUGUGAAGGUUUUUCGGACGAAGACCCUUCCCUCCGAGGAGAACUGCUUUGUGCGACUGAUUCCGACGAAACCGUUUGCUCAACAAACAACGGUUUGUCGAGCCCUAGCGUCGACGGGUUGAGACGGUCCUGAAACAACAGUCCAACAGUCUCAAGCCACGUUUUACGUUUUUUUAUGAGGGCUUUUAUGCCUGCGAGUGAGUUCAUAGCAGCGAGGCUAUUUUUAUCAACAACGACACGCUUUUUCUUGGCCUUAAGUGAGCGAUUCCGCUUCAUAUAAGCUUGUUCAAUCUGUUUGUCGAGAUCAAAUAAAACGGUUGUGAAUUCCUGAAAUGCCAUUUCAUGCGGCAACAAAUCCAGAAUGGCUUUUUUCCGCUGUUUAUUAUGCUCGGCAACAUGCUUUAGCUGUUCCUGAAGAUCCCGUAGUGUGGCACACACUUCAUCAUCUUUCCGGCGGGUCCAGUCUACAUCUUCCUCGUAAAGCAUGUUUAGGUUCCUUAGCCGCUGCUUCAAAUAGUCUUCGAAACGCGAAAAGCUCAUAUCGGUGAACGGCGUCUCUUCGUUUUCCGCCGCCUCUGCUUGUUCAGAGGAUGGUUGUUCGUCGUCUUUCGUAGAAGAGGGAUCUGGAGAGUUUUCGGAAACGACGUUUGCUUCGGUUUUUGACGUGGAAGGUGACUCAAGCUUGUCCGAGGUAAGGAUUGAUGCAUCAUCAUCAGAGUCAGCAACGUCGGCUGGUUGUUGGAUAAGAGCUGAAAGCAGACGUUCGGUCAACGGGCCACAGCUGAUGUCCUCCGUGUGUAGGUUGCUUUCUUGUAUGCUCGAAGCGAAGCCGUGAGGAGCUACCGACAAGCUCUGCCGCAUGGGAGCAGCGUAAAAGUUGGCAACGUCUUCCUCUUCAGCCCAUACGUCGUAGUAGUGUGGACCUAAGGGCGGAAUAACAAAUGCAGACUGGAUGUCGGGUUCUUCACGCAGAAAGUUCAUGUCAUCCUCUGUAAAAGCGCGAAAGUAUUGCUCCAAAGCGCCGUAGUAUGUAGAGAUGGCAACCUGGUUAGACGGUUUGCUGUAGGAAAAGUCGGCCGUAGCUGGCUCUCCGGCAACGAGAUUCAGUAAAUCAUCAUGGGGGAAAGAAGCGACAGCAAGUAAACGUUUCUUUUCUUCAUCACUUUCUGUAGUGAGUAAUUUUGUUUCCAGGCAGCCGGUAAACAAGUCUUCUGCCGUUUUGGCGUUGGCGUUAUCGUCAACAUCCUUUUCCCUCACCGGCAAAUCAAGCGCAGUUUCUGUUUUCCCCAACUCUUGUGCCGAGACGCCAUCAUGUGCUGGCUCUUCGACUUUCAGUUUCUUCGGUUUUGGACCCUCCUCCGUCUCAUCUGACACGAAAUCUUUGGUGGCAAUUUCGGUGGUACUGCCGUUCACCAAACCAAGAUCCUCCUCCGUCUUCACGAUGGAAACGUCGGUGGCAUCCUUUGAGUUUGUUGCAGACGAAUCGGCUUCGGCUGUGCGUUUCUCGAGUAAUCGUUUCAAACGCUCGCACUCCUUUUUAAAUAGCGAUUUCCGUCGGAAUUCAAAGUCGUGUAGAUUUUGUAGUUCUGACAACAGCUUCCAUAGUGUAGAAACAUCUGGGACACUACCGGCCGAUGGCGUGUCACUAAAUUUUUUUAAACUCUCAUAAGCCGAAAGAUCUUCCACCUCAGUUAUCACCACAGGCUCCUUUUCAGAUGUGUUUUUCGUCUCAUCUGCUGACAUUUCAAAAGUACAUUUGGCUCCAAUACCUGUAGUGGCUGUACGUCUGCCACCAGUAACUUUUUUGUUGUUUUUUCCUUGCUCGUGUGAAGUCGUAUGGUGGUGACCGACUACACGGUGGUCACGACAAUUCUACAUUUUUAGCAGCACAAAAAAAAACAUUCACGAACGGGGAUGCACGCAGAUACAGUAAAUAUGUGUGUCAUUAAAGUGCUGCAGUCUGUGGCUCUCUAUUGAAUGGAAUAUGUAGUUUUUUUUGCGUUGGUAAUUAUGGGUGAACGGUCACAUUAGUAAGCAGGUAAUAAUACAACAACUUAGAGACAAAGA